CGCAAGCCACUGCCCGGCGGGGCGGGCGGCAGCGAGAGGCGGGGCGGAGGCGGUAGUCCCGCCGGCACAGAACACCGCCCCACCGCUGGAGGACGGAGGAGGCGGAGCUCUGCCGCUCGGCCCCAGUAAUUUCCAUAUAGAAAACAAUGGGUAGGAAAGAUGCCUCUACAGCAAGAACUCCCGUUGACCAAUACAGGAAACAAAUAGGAAAGCAAGAUUAUAAGAAAACCAGACCUAUGUUAAGAGCAACAAGAUUAAAAGCAGAGGCCAAGAAAACUGCACUAGGCGUGAAGGAAGUUGCCCUUGUCCUUGCAGCUAUAUUGGUACUUUUGUUGGCUUUCUAUGCUUUCUUUUAUCUUAACAUUUCCAAUGAAGUUGACCUUGAUCUGGAUCCAGAUGAAAACUAGCAGAUGCAAUGGAUCUAUCAUCAAGAUUUCUUCAGCUUGAACAAGACUACGUGGGAGCACACGGUUCCUUCACUGUGAGACAGCAAACAAUGCCAUUUCUUGUAGUCCAAAUUCAUAAGUUUUGCAAUACAUCACUUCCACAUUCCAGAUCUCCAAAAGAAAGGAAGAACACUCGUGCCCUGCAAACAUAUUUGGUUAAUGCCAAAGCCAGGAGCUGCAGUUCAAUACAGGAAGUUUAUUGUUUACAUUCUAUUUUCUCAGGCAGAGAACUUUGAUGUCAAAAGACAGGUGCUAUUAUUAUCUUGGGUAUUGAUGCUGACUUCACAGGAGAAGAAUCUGCCUUGACUAAAUUUAGGAAUCAAAGCAUCCUAAUAGCUGAAUUAGGUUCUUUUUCUUUCCCCCAAAGAAAGUGGAAAUACCAUACAAAAAAAAUAAAAAAAUCUUUUGUUGAUUUGUAUUUAAAGUAUAACAACCCCCCCUCUUUCUUUCUCUCCCUUUUUAUCUUUCUUUUAAACGUUUAUGCACAAAUGCACUCACAAAGAUGGAAGAAAUUGUAGGAAAAAAAUUAUUUUUUUAGGAGCAGUCUGUCACCUCCUAUAUGGACUUAAUUUUAUGUCAUCCCAGAUUCUGUGUGCCCAUAUAUCUACAGUAAUCUUUUUCAUUCUUUUGCCAACUGUUCAGCGCACAUGUGUUCUGUCAGAAAUGGCACCUGGAUGACAGAAGCUCUAACAUUCGCAUAUGCCUCUGAAACACAGUUCUUUGCCUCCUGUGCUGUCUGAACUAGUGUAAAUAGAAAGUUCAAACGAUGUUGGGUUUAAUUAGUGUAUUGCUCUACUAUUAAUAUGAAGUCAAAGUUGUAUUUUAAUUAUACUCUUCCUGCUGGUUGUGAUAUCAACUUGUUCUACCUGUUAAGAGGGUAUUGUAAAAAAUAUAUAUAGAUUUCCAGUUAUAAAAUCAUUUUUAUCAUCAAACUAAUGUAUGAAGUUGUGAGUAUUAAGAAUCCUUUCAUGUAUACUUCUUGUAAGUGGGAAAAUCUUGGCUCCAUGUCAUCCUCUAAUUCUUGCAAAGUACCUUUCGGAAUAUGCGAUGUGGAUAACAUUUCUGAUGCCUUUGAUAACCACAAGCAACUUGAAGAAGUCGGUACGUCAAAGCAGCUGCAGGGAGCUGUACAAUUCUGGCUCUACCCUGUUCUGCUUCAGCUUUGGCGUAUUACUGAGCUUAUGGUUGUAAAGGAUUUCUUUUGAUCCUUCAAAAAUGUGGUCAGUCUUUCUCUAGUGAGAUUUAUUUUUGAAACCAAGAAGAGCAUGGACCCACUGCUGCCAAAUGUGUAAGGGAACUAGGCAGUUUGACUUCCAGAAGUCCGUUUCACUCUUAGUUGUAACUGUGGCAUUUACUGGCUCGUUCUGGAAAUGCUUCACAGAGAUUCCAUACAGUGAUUCUGAAGACAAGGGCAUACCAAACUCUAGUAGCUAUUAUAAUGGAAAAUAUAUAUUUUUUAAAUUGACACAGUCCCAUUAUCAACACUUAAGGAACUUAGAUCAAUACAGUUAGUUUUUUUAAACCAUACAGUAACUAUGACCAUAUAUGCUAUGAGUCUCUAAGGAUACAUUUCGCUGUCGUACUCCUCAUUCACAUUAUGCAGUGCAAAACAGCUCCUCUAGAAAUAUAGAGUACACCAUCUUCCAAGGAGAAUAUGAAAGAGAAAUACAUACGUGCAAAUAUUUCUCAUUUUCUAAUUAUGACUGUUACAGACAUAAAAUAUUGAUAUUAAAUAUAUACAUGUGACUGAUAGUCUGCUAAUGCUCCUAGAGAGGACCAAACGCUUACCGACAUGUUGCAUUUAUGGCAAAGCGUUUUCUGACACAUGGCCCGCUUUUCAGUGGAGAGAAAAGCUCAUCACAAACUGUCUUCUUGGAUGUGACAUGCUGUUCAUUUCACCAGUGGCACACCACAUGUCACGGAAGCUACAGACCUCUCCUUUUACAAAGCAUGAGCAAUUUUCCUGCUCCAUAAAAUACUGGAAAGAUUGUUAUGUUAAUACUUGUGUGUAGCUCCCUGGGUGAUAUGUGGCCUGGGAAUGAUGCGUGGUUAUCACCAUCACACAGGUUGUCUUGUAACUUGCUUUCUGAAUAGUCAAAUUAAAAAGCACGCAAUUCUUACCAUCAAAUUUAUGUACUCGAUAUUCUUAGAAGAUCUAAUUUCCCAUAAUUAUGAGUCAUACACAAAAUCCAGUGUGUGUAUGUGUGUGACUGAAGCAGCUUUCCCAAUCCGUGGCGUAUGGAUCCACAUUGCCUACAAGUGCCAUAGUUUGCAGCUUGUCUAUUGGCUUCAUUUCAGUUAGACCUUUUCAUUUACAUGAAAGAUACAUUUAAUGAGAAAUUUUUCUGUUGCUUAGAUGAACUGAACAAACUUCUGUUCAUCGUACACAGAAAUACCUGGUAAAUAUUGCAGCAAAUACAAUGAUUAUCUUAUCAGUGCAAUAAUUUCUAAUGGGACCGUGUCAAUAUUUUUUUAAAGCUAAAAGCCUCUACCUCUCAUCAAAUUUUUCAUCCUUGGUGUUCUAAAAAGGCACAGACACAACAAUAUUAGCAUUGAGGUUAGAUUGUGAGCUUUCUUAUUCAUGAGUAUCCUGAGUUCACUGAAAUUACAUCUGAUUUACUCCAAGGGGAUCAUAAUCCAGCCUGAAGUUAUUUCUGAUUUCUAGAGCACUGUGGUGUCCAUACCUGUAGGUAUGUCUUGCAAAUAUGUGGUUUAUUUUACCUUACUUAUAUCUCAGAUUGAAAUAUGCCUCCUCAUUUUUGUGGGGCCAUCUAUCUUUGUAUGAGUUGCUUAGUGCUUGUUUUAAUAAUAAAUGGAUUUUUACUCUGUUGUCAA